CAACCGUGAAGCAAAAAGUCUCAUACUUCUUACAACGCCUGAUCCAAUUGUCGCUUCAAGCCCAUCCGUGAAUAGAAACAAAUAUAAAUUGCAUCCUUUGCUUUCCAUCAACUCCCCAUGACUGGCGAUGACACCACAACGACUCCUCCGGUUGUCCCACGCGAAGCCGUGCGACCCGUAUCAUCCACAGAGAACGCGGGGAACUAUCGUCCGCGCUCCCGGCAAAACAGUCGCACACGUCAAAACAGCCGGGAUGAAAUGAUCACGUUCAAUCCAACAACGGCCGCUAGUAUGAACAAUCGCCGGGUGCUCUUUUCGGAAGCCGCACGUCGUGAUGGAGGCGACAAUAAUGUUGCCGCUCCGGAAAUGAUGGGACCAAUUUUGCGACGCAAAAAGGUCGUGUCCAUGCCGCUUGGUGCGGGAGGAGAUUUCUUUGUGAGCAACGAUGUCGGAGGUCCACAUCGACAAAUGCUGGCUCAGUACAAAGGCGUACACGGGGACAAGACUACUUUCAAGGGUCGUACGAAGCAAAAGAGCGUCGGCGCCGCUUUUGUAACACCUGCGGAUCCGGACCCAACUACUGUUACUUUGCCACAAGCUCGUAUCCGCCAAGACAGCGGUACUCGUCGGGAUUUGAGCCACGUGAUUAAAGGUGUUCUCCGACGGAAACAAGUCAGUUUGGACUUGCUUGGUCCCAAUGACUUUUUUGCACUACCGACGGAUGAACCAGAAGAAAUGGUGUUAUUGCCAAUAAUGCCCGAAGACGACACAGCACAACUGGACGACGAGCAAGGUAGUAUGACGACGGAGAAGCGUCUAUUUCGUCCUUUGCGGUUUGCCCCUCGUAUUGGUGUGCGCGGUAAUCGUGGUGGCGGAUACGGAGUUGGACACGCCGUAGAAGCGGCUCCAGAAACAAUUCCUGAAGAAGCAGUCGACGAAGAGAUGGUAGAUGCUUUUCACCGAUACUCCAAAACAAACCAGGACUUGAGGCUACAAGUUAUUUCACUCAAAAACAAACUUGCCACCAAAAGCGAUUGCUCGGCGCUUAUGGAAGAGGCCGACAGUAUUUUGCGAACGCAUUCAGAGCUCAACCCGGAUGAACAGCUCCUCAAAAGGAAGAUCAUGAAGGUUCAGGGGUCAAUUGAUGAAGAGCAUGAAUGCAGCGAAGGCAUUGACAACAACAUUAAAGACCUUGACAAUUUGGGAAUUAUUCGGGCUACUCGUCGCGAUUACAUCAAAACCGGCAUUUUGUUUAUGAUUAUGGUUGCCUUGACCAUCACAGUCUCAACCUGGGAGACUCACUUGGACGAAGAGAGCUUCAUUUUCCGGCACGUCGGUUUAGCCUGCGUCACGGAAUGCCGUGGAAACUUGCUUACACGUGAUUUCUUUCACGGCCACAACCAAUUCAACGACGGAGAUGUCAUUGAGUUAAUCAUGCACAUGGAUCCAAAUUCACUUGCCGAAACAAUGGGAGCGUUGGCAUUAGUACAGAUUGUGGGAACGGAAACUAAUGAAACAAAAGCAAUGACGACUUUCGGACCGACCGCGGAAAACGACCGUGAAACCUAUGAUCAUCGUCUGGUGGUAAAUUUUGACCGCCCGCAUGAGCCGCAUAUUAUUGUUGUGAACAGUACCAAGCCCAAUUUUGAGUUGUCGUUUACUUUGACGGCGCGCCUACUGGCUCCGUUGGCUGACAACAGUGUUGCAAUUGCAGCAGUGAUUAUGGUGGUUGUGUACCUUUUUAUUCUGCUGGAAGUGAUCCACCGUACGCUAGUCGCUAUUUUUGGCUCUAUGGUGGCCCUGAUGUUUCUCUUUGUGAUGCAAAAUGGCGAAACGGAAAGCAUUCGUCAAAUUAUGUUGAACUUAGAAUGGUCUACGCUGGGUCUUUUGUUUGGAAUGAUGCUCAUUGUUGGUGAGCUUUCUCAUACAGGAGUGUUUGAGUGGUGUGCUGUCCGUUUGCUCAUGGCAAGCAACGGAUCAUUUACUCGCUUGAUUGUGUUGCUUUGUGCUCUAACCGCAGUAGCCAGUGCCUUUUUGGAUAAUGUGACCACUAUGCUUCUGGUUGCACCAGUGACGAUUGACAUGUGCAAUAUUUUGGGUGUUGAUCCUCGACCAUAUUUGAUUGGGGAGGUGCUGCUUAGCAAUAUAGGCGGAACAGCAACAUUAAUUGGUGACCCUCCAAACAUUAUCAUUGGAAGUUCGUUUGACGAAAUUGGCUUUGUUGAUUUUAUCGUGAAUGUACUUCCUUGCAUUUUUCUUCUUUGCAUCCCAGUCUCUCUUGGGCUGGUGGUUUGGGUUUACCGGUACUAUCUCACUACAAGCACCAUGAAAGUCCUAGAUACAGCGAAACUCAAGACUGCUUAUCCAAUCUAUGAUGAGCCUCGCCUUAUGAUUGCUGGCACCGUUACUGCUUUUGUAAUCAUAAUGUUUUUCCUGCAUCCGGUACAUCACAAAGACACUGCGUGGAUUGCCCUCCUUGGAGCGUUUAUUACUAUUGCAUUCACCAAUCCACACGACGUGCAAGAUGCGCUCCGAAACCAUGUUGAGUGGGACACCCUUCUAUUUUUUGCGGGAUUGUUUGUUUUAGUCGAGGCAUGUGCAGCAAUGGGCUUACUCGAGGAAAUUGGAAACUUGCUUGGUGACUACAUUCAGGCACAGGAAGAGAGCAAACAGCUUACGCUGGCAAUAACAUUACUUAUGUGGGUCAGUGCGAUAACGUCGGCAUUUCUCGAUAACAUUCCUUACACGGCGACGUUGAUACCAGUGAUUCAGAUCCUUGCUGAUAGUCUACCUGAUACGUUGCCAAUCGAAAUAUUAGCGUGGGCUCUUUCCUUUGGUGCCUGUCUAGGAGGCAAUGGUACUCUCUUAGGAGCAAGCGCCAACAUUGUGACGGCAGGAAUUUCAACAAACAAAGGAUUUGAGAUCUCUUUUUUAAACUUCCUUUAUCCUGGUAUGCUUUUCAUGAUUGUAACAGUGGCAAUAUCAAACCUGUAUAUGUUGGUGCGAUACUCAUGGAUCUAAGAGAAGGAUGGUAAGCCGACAACAAUCCUCGUCUCUAAAUACAACUAAUUUAAAGACGCAUAACGCGCUGUCA